AUGUCCGUCCUGCUCCUCACCCUCUGUCUCCUUGUACUGGGACCAGCCUGUGCCCAGUACCACAACAACGACCACUACGACAUGGGUUGGAUCAACGCUUAUCGGCAAGGCUUCAACUUCCAGUGCCCACACGGAGAGGUGCUGGUGGCCAUCCGCAGUUACUUCAGCGAGCAGGAGGGUUCCGACCGCCUCUGGAGCUUCGAGUGUCAGCCCACGCCCGAGGGUCUGGGUCACCCCACGGACUGCUGGUGGGACGACAUCAACCGCGCUGGGAUGGAAUGGUCGUCCACCUGCUCUCGUAACGGCCUGGUGGCUGGAGUCCAGAGCAAGUAUUUUGAGUCGGUUCUGGACAGAGAGUGGCAGUUCUACUGUUGUUACUACGAGCGCCGCUGCCCCUACUCCUGCAUGAAAACCACAGAUGUCCCAGACUACUUCCGGGAGGAGGGGGAGAUGGUGGUUCCCAGUUAUGGAUACUUCAUCAGAGGAGCACAGACCACCUUCAGUGGAGUGCUCAGGGACCGGCAGUGGAAGUACAUCAUCUGCAGAAUGACCGACUUCGACUGUGACUAUGAGAAUUUAUAG